GUUGCAAAGCUUUAGUCGGACAGUUGGUUGCUUUUGGCAUUCUCUUCACUACCAUCAUCAUCUCUAACUUUCUCUCUCUUCCAUUCUUUUUCAUUCUCAAAAACCCUAAUCUUACCCCAUUUUCACUAUUCUCUCUCUUUCUCCAUCUUUGAUCUUUCCGAUUCAUCGCCGAUUUACUGCGGGUCGACUCAAUGAGUCACCCGGAUGAUUCACUGUGUUAGUUGAAUUGUUAAGUUUUAAGUGUUCUUCAUAGUGGUACUUAAUUUACUUAUUUAUAACUCGAUGUGCGAUAAUGGCGGCUUCUCUUGCGGCAUUUGAACGUCCUAGACUUGGUCCUUCGAACACGGUUUUUAAGAGUGGACCGCUUUUCAUCUCCUCUAAAGGAUUGGGAUGGAAAUCUUGGAAAAAGCGUUGGUUUAUUCUGACUCGCACCUCCUUAGUGUUCUUUAAAAAUGAUCCCAGUGCUCUUCCUCAAAGAGGCGGAGAAGUGAAUUUGACACUGGGUGGCAUUGAUUUAAAUAAUUCAGGAAGCGUUGUUGUUAGAGAGGAUAAGAAAUUGUUGACAGUACUUUUCCCUGAUGGACGUGAUGGGCGAGCAUUUACGCUUAAGGCUGAGACAUCAGAGGAUUUAUACGAAUGGAAGACAGCUCUGGAGCAAGCUCUGGCACAGGCGCCUAGUGCUGCUCUUGUGAUGGGUCAUAAUGGCAUAUUUCGAAAUGACACGAGUGAUGCAAUUGAUGGUUCUUUUCAUCAAUGGAGAGAUAAGCGCCCUGUUAAAUCAUUGGUUGUUGGACGACCAAUCUUACUAGCUUUGGAAGAUAUCGAUGGUGGACCUUCUUUUUUGGAAAAAGCUCUCAGAUUUCUUGAAACCUAUGGGACCAAAGUGGAAGGAAUUUUACGACAGUCAGCUGAUGUUGAAGAGGUGGAGCGCAGAGUCCAGGAUUAUGAACAAGGCAACAAUGAGUUUGAUCCGAAUGAGGAUGCUCAUGUCAUUGGUGACUGUGUGAAGCAUGUCCUUCGCGAGCUCCCUUCUUCCCCAGUUCCAGCGUCUUGCUGCACUGCAUUGCUUGAUGCUUAUAAAAUUGACCGUAAGGAAGCACGGAUAAAUGCCAUGAGAUCAGCAAUAUUGGAGACGUUUCCGGAACCAAAUCGGAGAUUGUUACAACGAAUUUUGAAAAUGAUGCACACAAUCGCUUCUCAUUCUUCUGAUAAUCGGAUGACUCCUUCUGCCGUUGCUGCUUGCAUGGCACCUUUACUUCUACGCCCUCUUUUAGCGGGCGAGUGUGAGCUGGAUGAUGAUUUUGAUGUGAAUGGUGAUAAUUCAGCUCAGCUUCUCGCUGCAGCUAAUGCUGCUAACAAUGCGCAGGCUAUUAUUGCAACACUUUUAGAGGAGUAUGAGAACAUCUUUGAUGAUGAUAGUUUGCAGAGAUGCUCAAUUUCAGCUGAUUCUCGGAUUGAAAAUAGUGGAAGUGAUGAUUCCACAGAUGGCGGAAAUCUAGAUGUUAAAGAAAAUGGGUUUCAUAACACUGAAAAUGAAGCAGAGCCCGAAACAGAUGAUGAUCAGGAACGAGUGUUGAGUGGUAAACUGAGCGAAAGCAGUGGCUAUGGUGGCAGUGACCUUUACGAUUAUAAGGUUCAAUCUUUUGGAGUUGAAUAUUCUGAUGGUUCUCCUAUGGCCAAUAUUGCAAAGUCUGUUAAUUCUAAACCUCGGACAGAUACACAAGCGAUUAGGGAUUCUAACGCUGAGUCGAGUGAUCAAAAUAAGUCAAUAAAGGUAACUGAAAGCUCAACAAAUGGUAUAGACAGUCCGAAGGUAACAGCUGGGGAACCUUAUCGUUCAAUGGGGGAGAUACUGUCAUCAAUGGAUCCAGGACCUCCAUUAGCUAUUGCAGGUCCUGAAUCAAGUGCUGAGAAGUCAAGUAAUAAGCUCUCAGGCUCUAGUGCUAAGCGGUCAACUUUCUGGAGCAGAAGCACUGUUCGUAAAACGCCAUCGAUGGAGUCCGUUGAUUCUUCAGGAGAGGAAGAACUUGCCAUCCAGAGGCUUGAACUAACAAAGAAUGACUUACGACACCGUAUUGCGAAAGAGGCUAGGGGAAAUGCAAUAUUACAAGCUAGCUUGGAGCGAAGGAAACAAGCUCUGCAUGAGCGUCGGUUAGCACUUGAACAAGAUGUACAAAGACUGCAAGAACAAUUACAAGCUGAAAGAGACCUUAGAGCUGCUUUAGAGGUUGGUUUAAGCAUGUCUUCUGGUCAAAUUUCUAGUUCACGUGGUAUGGAUUCCAAGACAAGGGCUGAGCUUGAGGAGAUUGCUCUUGCUGAAGCAGAUGUGGCCAGGUUGAAGCAAAAAGUGGCGGAAUUACACCAUCAACUCAAUCAGCAACGGCAGCAUCAAUUUGGAUCUCUAUCUGAUGCAUGUGACAGGAGAUUUCUUCAGCAAGACUUUGAUAGUACACUUGCCUUCUGCAAACAGCGAAAUGAGGAGGGUUCAUUGCUGCCAGAUUGGACUCACAUCAAGGGACAAAUGUUAGCUGCUGGAAGCAGCAACAGGCAGCCUCGUAAGCAGUUCCUGGAGCCAAUGGGCCUGAGUGAUCCAAAAAGCACUGAACCAUCCGCUAGUAUGUCUUUUGAUGAGUUUGGCGGUGUUGAUUCAGCCUCCAUGCCAUCUACCUCCAGGGUAGCAGAGGCAUUAGAUUUUCCCCGACACCCAUCAGCUGCAUCAUCCACAUUAGUUGAGUUAACAACCCGGCUUGACUUUUUCAAAGAACGGCGAUCCCAACUGAUGGAGCAGCUGCAUCACCUCGAUUUGAACUAUGGGGUACCAACCUCCCAAGACUAUUUGUACAGACCAUCUUCGCCAUCAUGGAGCUGACUUUGUGCUCAAGUGCUCAGCCGGAACAAAUCACAGAGAAAUGAGCCCGGUGUUUAUUAUUUGUACAUCCUUUUACUGAUUGCAUAUAGUUCUCCUGUAAUAUUAUUUGUGCUUUUCUAAGCGAUCACUGCUUUCGAUCUUUUCUUCAAUUUAGAUAAUUUUGUACUCUUUAGUGCGGUUUGUUCAUGAAAUCGCGGUUGAAGACAGUUUCUUUUUCGUUCACUACCUGUUUAUUUUUGCCCCGAAGUCUGAACUAUGUAGAGAAUGACAGAGCUUGUAUUGUAUGUAUAUCAUUGUUUUGUAUCGAAGUAUGAAAACCGAACCCGAGAGGGAAAAAAAGAGAAAAAGAGGACAAGUAGUGAUAUAUGUAGUAUUUUUAAUAAGUACUAGAAUUGUUCUCUUGCAUUAUAGAGUAUGCAAAUCAUGUGUGCUAAUACAGAAGUUGACAUGUAUACAUUAAUUUCUCUAAUAUUUAAGGCUUCUGUCUUACUCUUAUUUAUCAA